UCUCCCUAGGGGGUGAUUUCUCACUUUCUGUCUCUGUCUCACUGUCUUUCCAGUGAGCACAUGAGCCCUGUAGCAAAAAUCUCUUUUAAAAAAAUUAUUAUUAACUAGGUACCUGAAAGGAGAGAAGGCAACCUCUGAAAGGGCCUUGGAGUUGGCAGCUGGAGGAAACAGCCACUGCCCCUCGGCCUGGGGUAACUUGGGAAGUGUUGGGACUCGUAGAACCUCGAGCCUUGGGGAGGGUCUGCACAGGCCCUGAACUUGGAGGGGCUGUUGCAGAUACCGCAGCGGGAGGCACGGCCACCGCUGGGUGGUGCUUCAGGACUAGCCAGCAGACGAGAGUGCCCUGUGUCUACUGAGGACUGUGCAGGUCCAUCUGUGCCCAGCUGGACCAGCCUGGCAGGGAGACCGGUCUGCAGUCCCAGGACCCAGCAGAGAUGUCAGCAACAAUGGCUUAUGGGGAUACAAGUUCUAUGAGUGCUGCCUUCGCUGCCUCACAAACCCAGGGCUGAGUGGAAAGUGAGGCCCGGGGGACAGGAAGAGUGAAUGGGUGACAGGUGACACAAACAGGAUGAGGGCUGCGAACUGCUCGGCUCCCAUGUGAGGAAGCUGCUACGACUAAGUCUCUGUCACCAGGUCUCUGAGUGUCACAUGUCACAGUAAAGACCCAGAGUGUGAGUACAUGUGUACGAUGCCCCUAGCGUAAUGUGGGCUGGUUACGUGGGUUUGAUUUUCUUUAAUCCUCCGUGGAAAAGCAGCAGGACUUGCCACUGGCAGUGCCAGUCUUCGCUGAGCCGAGUCCUGUAGGAAAGCACAGGAGGAUGCAUGUUUACUGUGCGCAGUGUUUCACGGGAUCAGCCUCGCUGGAAGGGACUCGGUGCUGGCUCAGAACCCGCCCGAAGGGCACCGGCAACGAGAGGAGUCAAAGCAUCGUGGCGCUAGGGGGCCACGGGCAGGCCGCCAGGGGGGUGUCAGUGGGUACGGCCUUCCGGGCGGAGGUCUUUGCAGAAUGCUAGGCGGCCUUUCUGCCGAUGGGAGCCUGAGCUUGUCGCCAUGAAGGAGUUUGUGUCGUCUUCGGCAGAAACAGGACGGCUCGAGAGUGUCGUGCUCGCUCUGCUCUGCUGCCUCGUCGUGGGAGGGUCUCGGAGUUCGUUCCCGUUCCCUUCAGUGGUGUUCGUCGGGGACCCUGUUACCACGUGCCUCUCUCCCACGGUCUAUCACAUGAUCUGUGAAGUUGGGUUUGAAGUCAGAGGACAUGUUGCCCUCAGUAGCAUCGUGAGUGAGCACGGUGCCGUCUGCUGGAAAGCGUUCACGGACUGUAUGCGCUACUUGGAGCCAGACCAGGACCUGGAUUACCAGGGGAGCCUGAGGCUGCUGGGCCCUGUGUGUGGAGCUGUCCACUCGCAUCUCCUAUCCCUGACCAGGGGGCAGUUCGAGGCUCGAUACGUACCGUGGUUCCAGUGGACGAGUUUUCCAGAGUUAUUUCCUGAAAUAUUUGAUGCCUUGAAAAGUCUGCAGCCUCCCGCUGUUUCUCUUAGUUUAAUGAAACUGACAUCAUGUCUGGAACGGGCCUUGGGGGAUGUGNUCCUGCUGACCGGGAAGGACUGUCCCUUUCUGUUACGGGACCUGCUUGCAUCGGAGGAGCUCUCUGGAGUUUUUGGGCGGCCCGUGGUGGACGUGCUCCGAGUCUUUGUGGGUGCUCCCCGUGGGCUCAACCUACGCAACGUCCUGUGGCACGGCUUUGCUGCCCCCCAGGAGGUGCCCCCCAGGUACUGCUCGGUGAUGCUCUUGCUGACGGUGGGGCUGGGGCAGCUCCUGCGGAGUCACCUUCAGCAGACCGGGCUCCCCUGGGUACGUCGGCCUCUCCUGACGCUCACGGACCUGGAGGACCUGACUGUCUUUGCUGGCAAGUGCCACCUUCACAGCCUCCCUCGUUUGUCUCUGGCUGUGCCACCUUCACAGCCUCCCUCGUAUGUCUCUGGCAGUGUCUGUAAGAGUGUUACUUCUGAGCUGCUCUCGGUGCUGGAAGCAGCCAUGAUAAAGUCCACGUUCGUCCUGACAGCCAUGCUGCCCUACUGGGAAGCUGCUCUGACCAGGUUCAAGGCGAGCAGGUUUGCCGACUGCACCAUAUUGCUGCUGACUCAGCUGGAGGCCGGACUCCGCAGGGUGUUUGCUGCAGUUAACAGAUGUCCGCAGAGACUCCUGACCGCGGAGUCCACGGCGCCUUAUACCACCUUGGAUGAAAUUCUGGCGGAGCACCUGAGCGACGGUGAGGUCAAUCGUCUCCCUGUUCUCCUGGGAGAGCCUGCCAUGGAAUUUCUCUGGGAUUUCCUGAACCAUCAGAAGGGUCCCCGACUAAGAGACCAUUUAAGCCACGGGGAGAUCAGCCUACGGGAAUUUCCCAAAGAAGCAGCCAAUCAGCUGCUGGCGUUCUCCACAGUUCUGGUGCUCAGAUUCACAGAAGACCUGUUGCCAGAUUUCAAGGAGAAACCAGCAGUAAAACUGCUGCUGAGUCUCGCUGAAGGCUAUAGUUCCCGCUGCCACCCCAUCCCUCAGCUGAAGAAACAGGUGCUGAGCUGUGAGGAGAGCCUGCGGGGCUGGCCACUGCUGCCCCUGCCCGAGGAGCCCCCCAGGGAUGUGGCCAGACUGGUAGAUAAUUCUGACACAAAUGCUUACAGCUCUUUAGUCACACGUGUCUUGCACACGCUCUGCCAUGCCCUGCCUGAGGGCCACUGUGUGUGUAGCAAUGUGGACGACCCUCUUGCUGAGAAGUGGUCCCAGGUGCUCCGUGAGCUCUGCGGCACACGCGUGCCCACCCUCUUCUGCCCCAGAGCCGUGCUCGAAGUGCUCGUUGUGCUCCGAAGCAUCAGCUCCCAGUGCCAGCGCGUGUCUGGCCAGGUGGUCGCCGCCUCGGAGCUGAGGCGCCGGCAGUGGGCGGAGAGGAGCCUGCGGUCUCGCCAGCGGCAGACCUACCUGCGCAUGCUUGGCAGCCUCCGGCUCCUGUGGCCCAUGCUGCGUCUGCUGCUGUUGCUCGUCACGCUGGAGCUGACCAGCAUCCACGCCGUCUGCGGGAAGGACGCGCACGCCCGGCAGCAGUAUCUCAGGUUCUUAAAGUGGCUCCUGCAGUACACUGAGAACCUGGCGGUUUACACAAGCCCGGAGAAGAACAAGUGGGACGAAGCUGUCGCCCUCACACACACAGCCUUGUCGAAGAUCUGGACUUUCAGUGAGAAGAAACAAAUGUUAGCGCAUUUGGCCAGGAAACCCACAGCAGAGUAGUUUCGUGAGCCGCUUGGAAGCCGGGGUACCCUCAUCUUACUGAGUAGGGGCAGUUGGAAUCUGCCUGGUCAGACCGAGCUCUGGGUCUCUGGCGGUGCUGUCUGUCUGUCUUCAGUGGUUCGUGUGCCCUGUUCCCGUGCACCGGAGUGGCUGUAGCUGCCUCCCCAUAACACAGUCCAGAGGUGGGAGCCACGCUUCACACAGUGCCACUCGCAGUGUGUGGCUUUGCUGACCGACGUGUGCCCACUCUCGAGGACAGCGACUGGCCAGGACGCUGCCCUGUAUGUCCUGGUCAGGCCUGGGCAGUCUGCUCCCAAACCAGUCCUGGAACUCCAUUGCCUGGCGUGGGCUGGCCACGCUCAUCCCUGGAGAGAGAACAGUGCCGAUGGCGCCCAGGCCUCGCAGGCGAGCGCUGGGGAGGGCAAGCCACUGGCGAGGCGGGCAGGCUGUGGUUGGGCCAUACAGGGCCUGUGGCAGCAAAGGCAGAAGGCGUGCCCAUCCCUGGGUCGGGGGUUCUGUGUAGAAACCAAGAGAUCAUGGGACCAGCAGAUGGCAUGAUGGUUACAUCACUGGACUCCCAUGUAGUCGACUGCGGUUCGAGUCCUGGACCUGGUGGCUUAAACCUCAUACCAGGCGCAUGUGCUUGC